CUAGUACCUGUGUUCUGAUGAGUGGCCAAAUAAAUGACAUUCCGAACUUCAGCUAAGGUACAAUAAGCUUUCUCUGUGGCAUGGCACCUGGGUUGUGUCUACAAGCGAAGCUCAGCAGACAGCACACUCCUCGAGACGCUGGUUUGGUUUGACGAUCCAACCUAGAACAGACUAUGUCACAGCGUCACAAUGACUUUGCACAGUAACAGUUCAGCCUCGCCUUUGUUUCCCAACUCUUCCUGGAUACUCAGCCCCCCCGACGCAGGGCUGCCAGCGGGGACGGUGCCCCCCCUGGGCAGCUACAACGCGUCUCGGGCACCCGAGGACCUCUCCUCUCCCAACGGCACCGCGGCGGACCCUCUGGGAGGCCACACCGUCUGGCAAGUCGUCUUCAUCGCCUUGCUCACCGGCUUCCUGGCCCUGGUCACCAUUAUCGGCAACAUCCUGGUUAUCGUGGCGUUUAAGGUCAACAAACAGCUGAAGACCGUCAACAACUACUUCCUCCUCAGCCUGGCCUGCGCCGACCUGAUCAUCGGGGUCAUUUCCAUGAACCUGUUCACCACCUACAUCAUCAUGAACCGCUGGGCCCUGGGCAACCUGGCCUGCGACCUGUGGCUGUCCAUCGACUACGUCGCCAGCAACGCCUCCGUCAUGAACCUCCUGGUCAUCAGCUUUGACCGCUACUUCUCCAUCACCAGGCCCCUCACCUACCGAGCCAAACGGACAACCAAACGAGCCGGGGUGAUGAUCGGGCUGGCCUGGGUGGUCUCCUUCGUCCUGUGGGCCCCCGCCAUCUUGUUCUGGCAGUACUUGGUGGGGAAGAGAACGGUGCCCCCCGGGGAGUGUUUCAUCCAGUUCCUCAGCGAGCCGACCAUCACCUUCGGGACCGCGAUCGCCGCCUUUUAUAUGCCGGUCACCAUCAUGACGAUCUUAUACUGGAGGAUCUACAAGGAGACCGAGAAGCGCACCAAGGAGCUGGCCGGGCUGCAGGCCUCGGGGACGGAGGCGGAGGCCGAGAGCUUCGUCCACCCCGCGGGCAGCUCCCGGAGCUGCAGCAGCUACGACCUGCAGCAGCAGAGCCUGCGGCGCGCGGGCGGGAGGAGGAAGCACGGCCGCUGCCGCCUCUGGUUCGCCGGCAGGAGCUGGAAGCCCAGCGCCGAGCAGAUGGAGCAGGACCACAGCAGCAGCGACAGCUGGAACAACAACGACGCGGCCGCCUCCCUGGAGAACUCGGCCUCCUCCGACGAGGAGGACCUCGGCUCCGAGACCAGGGCCAUCUACUCCAUCGUGCUCAAGCUCCCCGGGCACAGCGCCGUCCUCAACUCCGCCAAGCUCCCCUCCUCCGACGGCCUGCGGGUCCCCGACGAGGAGCCGGGGGCGGGCGACCUGGGGAGGCGCGCCAGCGAGCUCCAGGCCCAGACGGGCCCGGGCGACGGCGGCGGCUUCCCCGAGGGCUUCGCCAAGCUGCCCGUCCAGCUCGAGUCCGCCGUGGGCGCGGACAAGGCCUCCGAGGCCAACUCCUCGGUGGGCAGAGCCCCGGCCCCGCUCCCUCUGUCCCUCAAGGAGGCCACGCUGGCCAAGAGAUUCGCGCUCAAGACCCGGAGUCAGAUCACCAAGAGGAAGAGGAUGUCGCUCAUCAAGGAGAAGAAGGCGGCCCAGACCCUGAGCGCCAUCCUGCUGGCCUUCAUCGUCACCUGGACGCCCUACAACAUCAUGGUCCUGGUGAACACCUUCUGCGACAGCUGCAUCCCCAAGACCUAUUGGAAUCUGGGCUACUGGCUGUGCUACAUCAACAGCACGGUGAACCCCGUGUGCUACGCCCUGUGCAACAAGACCUUCCGGACCACCUUCAAGAUGCUCCUGCUGUGCCGGUGCGACCAGAGGAAGCGGCGCAAGCAGCAGUACCAGCAGAGACAGUCCGUGCUCCUCCACCGGCGCGCGCCCCAGCAGGCCUUGUAGGGCGGGACCGCGGCCC